AUGACACCAAAUCAGAAAUCUAAUGCUUUCAAUGCCAUAAGUGGUUCAGAUAGUAUUAAUCGAAAUGAUACUAGUUUAAAGAAAAUCGAACAGAAAAUUAUUGGCAGCGUUAAAAUACCGAUAACUGAAGCACCUUUCCAAGCGUCCAUACGUCUAAAAAUUUACGAAAAACUUGGUGGAUUUGGAUAUGGACAUUUAUGCAGUGGUUCUGUGCUAUCGCAACGUGUGAUUAUAACAGCAGCACAGUGUAGUGUUGAUUUAAGUGUAUCGCCACCGAAGAAACGUUUACCAAAAGAGUAUACAAUUGUUUUGGGUGGUAAUUCGUUAUAUGUCAAAGAUAAUUACACUUUACAAUACAAUUUAAUACAAAUCGUACCGCAUGGCGCCUUCAACUUGACAUCUCUAAGCAAUGACAUAGCGCUAAUGUUGAUUAAUGGUUACAUACCGUGGACUUGGCCUACAGUGCGAUCAGUUAUACUGAACAGUCAACUACUGACAGAAAAUACGACUUGCACUAUCACCGGUUGGGCUACUACGGAAUAUGGUCAAGUUUCUGAUACAUUAUUAACAGCAAGUGUGCCUAUAGUUGGUAAUGAUGUCUGUGCUAAAAGUUAUGGGAAUCUAUCUCAGAGUAGUUUGUGUGCCGGUAAUAUGAGUACAGGUGGUGUAGAUACAUGUCAAGGUGAUUCAGGUGGUCCACUUAUGUGCAAUGGAGUUUUAGCUGGCAUAGUAUCAUGGGGUAAUCAAUGUGGACUCAAACAAUAUCCAGGAGUUUACACGAAUGUCUUAUACUAUAAAAAUUGGAUUGAAUAUGCAAAUAGAACCUUGGAUUACAAUUAUUAUUCAACAGGAACGAUCAAAUCACUAUCAAAUUUCUUACUUUUGAAUUUCUUACUUUUGAUGGCUUGUGUUUGA